CUUUAGUACACGCACACUUGCAUCACGAAAGAGAGGCAAAAUCAUGGUGCGCAGUUCUCGUAAAGCGGAGCAAAAAGCGGAGAAGUCGCGCAACGAUGCGUUUAUCAAUGACGAAAACGACGAGGAGAAUAUCGAGGCAGAGGAUGGCCCACCUUCUAUCGAUCCGUACGAGGUGCUCGGACUCGAGACAGAAGCCACAGCCGACGAUGUCAAGAAAGCGUACCGCAAACUCGCACUGAAGCAUCAUCCAGACAAGGUUGCCGAAGACGAGAAGGAAGCAGCGAACAAAACAUUCCAAGAACUCGCAUUCGCAUACGCCGUCCUCUCAGAUGAUCGCCGACGCAAGCGCUACGACCUCACGGGAAGCACUGCCGAGACUCUCGAAGGCGAUGACGAUUUCGACUGGCUGAAAUUCUACCGCGAACAGUUCGAGAAUGUCGUCAACAAAGAAGCGAUCAACAAAGUGUCAAAUGAGUACAAGGACAGUGAUGAGGAGCGACGAGACAUCAUCAAGGCAUACAACAAGUCAAAGGGCAACCUCCGUGCAAUCUACGAGCUAGUCAUGCUCUCUGACAUCCUGUUGGACGACGACCGGUUCCGACAAAUCAUAGAUGAAGAGAUCGCAAAGGGAACGAUUGAGGUAUAUCCCACGUACGCAAGAGAGACGGAUGAGACUCGUCAAAGCGCAAAGGAUGCCGAACAGAAACGGCGCGAGGACUACGACAGGCGCCAAGGCAAAAAGGGAGAAGUAGAACAGACGACCGGCAAGCCCAAAGCAAAGAGCAAGAAGAAAGGUGCAGGCGACAUGGCAGAUCUUGCAGCUCUAAUACAGCAACGACAGAAGUCAAGAGCAGGCAACUUCUUUGAUAAUCUGGAAGCGAAGUAUACGUCCACGUCACGAGGCUCGAAGCGAUCAACACCCAUGGAGGAACCGCCCGAAGAGGCGUUCCAGGCUACAGCAGCAAGGAAGAAGCAGAAACAAAGUGGUCGCUCUAAGAAGAAGGCUAAGGAUGAAGACGAAGAUGAGGAGAUGAAUCUUGGUGAAGAAGAUGUAGGUGACUCCGCUGAAGAGCAGGAAGAAGCCCCGCGUAAAAGGAAGGCAAAAACUAAGACGAGGGGACGUGGACGGGUUAGCACUGCGGCUUAAGGUUAUUAUCUAACCUCGUCGUAUGCUACUUGCAUAUACAAUGAUUGAUGGAUGGCGUUCAAGGGUAGGAACAGUCAGCAACUUGCAUAGCACGGUGUUCGGUCUUUGGCACAGGCCUCAUUGAUAGCAACCGGACAGGUCGAUGCGCGACCAAUGAUCCCGGAUGCAAAAGGUUAUGUAUCAAUUCCCUCAAUAUUUAUCGGGCCCAGUAUGCUCGUUCUAGGCUCUAACGAGGUUCUCUUUCUUUCUAAGAGCUACACAUCUGUUUACUUUGAGGUUUCUCUGCCUUGGUCGUUUGCCAUGUCAGUGAUUCAUUUCGUACUUUCAUCAUAGCAGUGAUUCAUAUAGCAUUGUCCACUAACGUACC